GAAUUUGGACUCAACUAUAAAAGAUCUAUACCCCCCCAGGUCUCUUACCAAAACAAAAUACCCAGUCUUAACAUAUCUCGAUUGUAUUGGCAUAUAAUAUCUCUUCGUAGUUCUCCAUCUUCUUUCUGAGUUGAGAAGUUUCUUAUAAUGGAAGGGCACAAUUCUUCUGGAACAUCCUGGGCUGAUCAAUGGGACAACGGCCCCGACCCCGUCGCUGUUGAGGGAAAAAAGAAGAGCAAUGGGACGGGAGGCAAGUAUAAGCAGAAGGUUGGAGAAGGGUUUGAUAAGACGAAAGCGGUGGCUUCAACUGGGCUGAAGAAAGUGAAGGAAGGGACGUCUGUUGGGUUUCAGUGGAUCAAAGACAAGUAUCAGAAGACUACCCAGAAACACUAGUACGAUGUUGUUGGCAUAUUUUAUUAUAUGCUAGUUUGAUGGAUCGGUUGUAUUUAGUUAAUUUGUUGUUUCUUUUUAUUGAUUUGAUUUGUGUUUUGUUUAUAUGUAGAAUAUGGAGUUUUCAUGGUUUUUUUCCUUUGAUAUUGAUCCAGAUUCUUAUGUUUUGAAGACGAUUUUCCAUAUGACUUAAAAAUGGCUGAAUAUUUUCUAUCAAA